GCCGCCAUGUCCCCGCUGGGCCCACUGCUGCUGGCCCUGGCCUUGGCCGCCGUGCCCGGCGUCCGAGGCGGCUGCCCCGCGGCCGCCGACCUCAAGCACGCGGACGGCACGCGGACGUGCGCGCUGCUCUUCGACAAGAGCGACCCCUACUACGAGAACUGCUGCGGGGGCGCGCAGCUGGCGGUGGAGCCCGGCGCCGACCUGCCCUUCCUGCCCUCCGACUGGGCCAACACGGCCUCCUCGCUCGUGGUGGGGCCGCGCUGCGAGCUCACCGUGUGGUCCCGGCGCGGCAAGGGCGGCAAGACGCGCAAGUUCUCGGCGGGCGCCCACCCGCGCCUGGAGGAGUACCGCCGCGGCGUCUUCGGGGACUGGGCCGACUCCAUCUCCUCGCUCUACUGCAGAUGCUACUGAUGCCUUAGAGCGCCCUCAUCUGUCCCCCCCAGAGUGCUGAGCCCCUGGGGGCUGCUGGAGUCCCCGAAGCCCAGGAGCGCCUUUCUGUCUGUUUUCCCCACUGCCUCCCCUGCAAUACAGCCUUUGUAAAGUUGUCCCUGUCUGCCAUCUGCUUGUGAUUGGG